UCAGACGCCGCGCAGGGCGGGGAUUGGCCGGCUCCCUUCCUGUGCGUUCGCGACCGCGGUUCCCGGGACACCUGCUCCCUGUGCCCGGUGCGGUGCUCGGCUCCCGACUCGAGCUCCGCGGGAAGGCCGUGCGUCCCCUGCCUCCGAUCGGGCCGGCGCUGAGCGUUCGCAGGGCAAGAUGAGCGCGGACACGGCGGCCGGGGAGCCUCUACCCCGGCUCUGCUGCCUGGAGAAGGGUCCGGACGGCUACGGCUUCCACCUGCACGGGGAGAAGGGCAAGGUAGGCCAGUUUAUCCGGCUGGUGGAGCCCGGCUCGCCGGCCGAGAGGUCGGGGCUGCUGGCCGGGGACCGACUGGUGGAGGUGAAUGGCGAGAAUGUGGAGAAGGAGACGCAUCAGCAGGUGGUGAGCCGCAUCCGCGCGGCGCUCAACUCCGUGCGCCUGCUGGUGGUCGACCCAGCGACCGACGAGCAUCUCAAGAAGCUGGGCAUCCCGGUCCGGGAGGAGCUGCUGCGCGCCCAGGAGAAGUCCGGACAGGCUGACCCGCCGGGCGCUGCCGACACGGAGGAGCCUGGGGACCAGAAGGAGGCUGACAAGGGCCCCCUGGAGCGGCGUGAGCUCCGGCCUCGGCUCUGCACCAUGAAGAAAGGCCCCAAUGGCUAUGGUUUCAACCUGCACAGUGACAAGUCUAAGCCAGGCCAGUUCAUCCGAGCAGUGGACCCAGACUCACCAGCAGAGGCCUCUGGGCUCCGGGCCCAGGACCGCAUUGUAGAGGUCAAUGGUGUCUGCAUGGAGGGCAAGCAGCACGGGGAGGUGGUGUCUGCAAUCAAGGCUGGAGGGGAUGAGGCCAAGCUGCUGGUGGUAGACAAGGAAACAGAUGAGUUCUUCAAGAAGUGCAAAGUGGUCCCAUCGCAGCAGCAUCUGGAUGGCCCCUUGCCUGAGCCCUUCACCAAUGGAGAGAUACAGAAGGAGAACAGCCGUGAAGCCCUGGUAGAGCCAGCUUCAGAGAGCCCUAGGCCAGCCCUGGCAAGAUCUGCCUCCAGUGAUACCAGUGAGGAGCUAAAUUCCCAAGACAGCCCCAAGAGACAGGAUUCCACAGAGCCCUCAUCUACCUCCUCCUCCUCCGAUCCCAUCUUGGACUUCAACAUCUCCCUGGCUGUGGCUAAAGAGAGGGCCCACCAGAAACGCAGUAGCAAGCGGGCCCCGCAGAUGGACUGGAGCAAGAAAAAUGAACUCUUCAGCAACCUCUGAGAGUCUACCACCAGCUGGCUAGUGCUGGAAGGGUGGAGCCACCCACCUGCCCUAGCACCUUCUUUCCUCCCCGGUGCCCACCAAUCAACAUUCAAAUCAGCACCAGCACCCGCCCCACUGCCUGACAAAUCUUACUUUCCUAGGAAUUCUGUUCUUCCCUCACUUUAGCAAAGGACAGUGUUUCUGUCCUGCCUCCCUGAAAGCUCCUUCUUACCAAGCGUCUCCUCACCAGUCUGCCUAGGACAUCACUGGAACCUGCACUAAGCAAGGACUUCUGGAGCAGACAAAAAGUCUUCCCUCAGCUACGCGUGAUGACCAAGUUCAAGGCUGACCAGGGACUGACUGUAGCAGCCAUUGCUCAUAACAGACAGGGUGCCCAAGGUCCUCGGAGCUAUGGCUUAGCAUCUUUGGUUCACUUGAUUUUGUUUUUCUUUUCCUUUCUUUUUUUUUUUUUUAAGAGUGUAGCAUUGAGAAUUUAGAGGGGUUCUUCAUGAUUCUUGUGAUUUUCCUGGUGGUUGUACCCAGGGCAUGGCAACAGCCUCAUCCUUAAAUUUUUAUCCCUACUCUUAUCGUGAGAGGCCCGGGCAGCAUGGGGAAAGCCUGGUUUCCUCUACCUGUCCUGAGUCAGGUGCCACCACUGUAAGGAAAUGCCUUCAGAAAUCCACUGGUUCCUUCAAA